CUCGACUGAUCGACUCCAACCAACCCGGAACUUUUAAGUCAACUAAUCACUCCUGAAAACUUGUUGCAAGGAGUUUCCUCUUGUUUUUCCGAGAAGUUUAAAUGUUACUCUAAGAAAAGUCACGUCUUCGGACUGAGUUAGUUUCUUCUGAGGGGAAAAAAGACAAAUGUUUCUCGCUCGGACUGCGGCGGUUCCUGUGGGACAGUAGCUCUCGACUUGUCUUUUCAAACCAGCUAGAGAGUGGUGCGGUCAAGAGGUGCCGACAUGCCUCAGCAGAAGGACAUAGUGAAGAUAGCCAUCCAGAUGCCUGGGGCCUACCCCCAGCUUAUACAACUGGACCAGAAAAAGCCCCUAUCUGCUGUAAUAAAGGAAGUGUGUGAUGGCUGGAACCUCCCGGGUCCCGACAACUAUGCUCUGCAGUAUGCUGACGGAGUACAGACGUACAUCACUGAAUCAAAUCGUCUGGACAUUAAGAACGGCUGCAUUCUGCGACUGACCAAGGCACCGGGCCGCUGUGCAGAAGACUUGUACAAGGGCAUCCAGAGUUCGGACGCAGGCGUGCGCUGCGAUUCCUUGAAGCAACUGGCAAACGUGUCCACAGACGUGACCUUUGCUCAAGAGUACAUCAGCCGAGAUGGACACCUCUUAUUGGUCAAGAUAGUAGAGGACUCUAAUGAGAGUAACGUGAUCAUGACCCACACACUGACAGCCUUCAUGGAACUGAUGGAUCAUGGGAUAGUUUCAUGGGAGAACCUCUCGUCUGUCUUUAUCAAGAAGAUUGCCGGUUUUGUCAACGCCAAGCCGACUGAUGCAUCAAUACAGCAAGUGUCCCUGGACAUUCUGGAGAGCAUGGUGCUGAGCAGCCAGAGCCUCUUCCUGCAGGUCAAACAGGAAGUCACUAUGGAGAGGCUCAUCGCUCACCUCCAGGUGACGAAUCAGCAGAUACAGACCAAAGCCAUGGCCCUACUUAUGGCACUACUACAAACAGCCGGAGCGUCAGACAGACAGGAUAUGUUUGCGUUCCUGAACAAGAAGAAUCUCCGGCAGUACAUUUAUAAAAACAUCAUCCACAGUUCUGGUUCAGUCCAGGAUGAGAUGGCCCACUACCUCUAUGUCCUACAGUCUGUUACCUUGAAUCACCUGGAGCCUCGCAUGAGGACGCCUCUGGACUGUUACAGCCAGGAGCAGAGAGACAUCCUUCACGGUUUGCGACAGGCAGCAUUUGAGACUGAAAGCGAGAACAGUCUGAGCCACGAGAGACGACGCUCGCUCUGCGCCAAAGAGUUCAAGAAGUUAGGCUUCUCUAACAAUAGUAACCCUGGUCAGGACUUGGUGCGAACGCCUCCUGGUCUUCUAGCUUUGGACACCAUGUUUUAUUUUGCUGUGCGCUAUCCUGAUGCCUACAGCAGGUUUGUCCUGGAGAACAGCAGCAGGGAAGACAAACACGAGUGUCCAUUUGCCAGAAGCAGCAUCCAGCUCACACUCAUCCUGUGUGAAAUCCUUCGUAUCGGAGAGCCCCCCUCAGAGACGGGAUCUGACUACCACCCCAUCUUCUUCAGUCAGGACCGGCUGAUGGAGGAGCUUUUCUGUAUUUGCAUUCAGCUGCUUAACAAGACCUGGAAGGAGAUGAGAGCCACGCAGGAGGAUUUUGACAAGGUGAUGCAGGUGGUGAGGGAGCAGAUCACCAGAACAUUGUCCAGUAAGCCGACUUCCCUGGAGCUCUUCAAGAACAAAGUUAACGCUCUCAACUACAGCGAGAUCCUCAAACUGCGGCAGACUGAACGGCUGCACCAAGAAGAGACUCUUGCUCCACCCGUGCUUGAGCUGAAAGAGCGUCUGAAGCCAGAGCUGCUUGAGUUGAUCCGCCAGCAGAGACUCAACAGGCUGUGUCAAGGAACAAUGUUCAGAAAGAUAAGCAGCCGACGCAGACAAGAUAAACUUUGGUACUGCCGCUUGUCGCCCAAUCACAAAAUGCUUCACUACGGUGAUGUGGAGGAAGAUUCGGAAAAUCCACCAAUCGAAACACUACAAGAGAAGAUUCCAGUAGCAGAUAUCAAAGGCUUGCUGACGGGAAAAGACUGUCCUCACAUGAAAGAGAACAAAGGCAAACAGAACAAGGAGGUGCUGGACUUGGCAUUUAGCAUCACCUAUGAUGUAGAAGAGUACAGUCUGAACUUCAUCGCCCCCUCUAGAACUGAUUUCUGCCUGUGGACAGAUGGACUGAGCGUUCUCCUGGGCCGGGAGAUGAGUAGUGAAUCCAUGCGCAGUGAAUUGGAUAUCCUGCUCUCUAUGGAGAUUAAGCUCCGCCUCCUGGACCUUGAGAACGUUCCCAUUCCCGACAGCGCGCCUGUCGUCCCCAAACCACCAAGCAACUUCAACUUCUGCUACGACUUCAGCCAGACUGAGCAGUAAAGAGUGCAUUCACUGCAGUGCAACCGACGUGUGAAUUUGUACAUAUACCGGUAUGUGUGUAUGUGUGCGUGGAUAUCUGAAAUGAUAAGUGUGUAUGUGAGGUGGGAUCUGACCUCUGCAUCCAUGCACUUAUUCCUAUAACACACAUUUAUAAAAGUAGAUUUUUCCUCUGCGGCCUGGCCUUCUACAUCCAUGUGAAACAAUGAUACAAUAAGAGAAAACCUGUGGAAACUACAGCGGUGUUUGUGGGUGUGAACUGCUGACAAAUGGCUGUUGACUUUACUAAUGCUGCAGAUUAUCUGGGAGUUUGUCUCUCCCUCCAUGAUCCCCCGUCACCGCGCUGGUCCUCACUUCAACUCCAAAAACAACACAUUGCACAAUGACAUUCUUCUUAUAUGAUACUGCCACUCAAGUAAUGGUACUUUAAUCAUGAUUUGUGUAAUCAUUUUAUAUUUCUGAAUAUAUCUAAACCUAUGUAUGAUACAUAGAUUAUUCUUGUGAGCGCAAUGCUGGUUUUUACUUGUUGAGGCAAAAGAUGCUUUGAUGUUAGUCCAAAAUGCUGGUUGUGCUCAUUUAUUACAUUUUUUUAUUGUAUUUUCUGUUGCUUUAAAGAAAAAAAAAAGAAAAGUAAAAAAAAGACAAGGGCAUUAACUAGAACACAGUGCUUUCUCAAGAUGUGGUACAUGUUUAAACUCAUUUCCAACAUAUACAACGUUAUGCAGUAUCUUUCAGUGUUGAAUAAUAUUUUCCUUAACUUUUAUGUACUGGCCUCGGUACAGAUCCCAGCAGCUCAGUAUGAUUACUGUAGAGCAGACACACUCUGAAAGCUCUGUACGACCUAAGUUUGUUUAUAUAGUGAUGCAAAUCUGUAUUAGGUACCAAGCUUACUUUUUUUCUGUUUGUUUUUAUAAUUUAAUUUAAUAAUUGUAAAAUUGCCAUCUACAGCUUGAUAAUGAGAAAAACUUGUUUCAUGCAAUCAGUGAUGAUUUUUAGUUUUGUCUCUACUUUCACAGAUCAGAUCUUGAAUUAAUUUUAAAACUGAUGAAUUUUGUACAAGGCACUUAUCAUAAUAUGAUGGAAGCGACGUGUUCUGUCACAACGUACUACACUCUCACUCACCAAGAGUUCAGCUUUGACACUUGAAGCAGCUAGACAGUAACUGACACAAGCCUGUAGUAAACAGUUUUCUCCUAUUUUUGGCACGGGGUUCCCCACUGUCCUCUGCUGUGUUUUCCUGACACAAGACCCUCUGGGUUAAUAUCAAUUUUAAUUCACGCUCUUGUGGUGACUUCACAUGAAUAAACAGUUUGAUUUGUACUGCAAAAAGA